AUGGUUUCAAAAGAAAAUACAAAAGUUGCUACUGCAGCUGCCCCAACCGAUAAAAAAGAUAAUAAAAAAGAUAAUAAAAAAGAUAAUAAAAAAGAUAAUAAAAAAGAUAAUAAAAAAGUUGAACAAAAACCAAAAUCAAACAAUAAUAAAAAUGAUAAAAAACCAAAUAACACUAAAUUCAAUAAAGAUAAACAACCAGCACAACAAACCAAAUCAGAAAAGAGUAUGAACACUUUCUCAAAUAAAUUCUUUAAAACAGAUAAAAAAGAUGGUGCACCAAAAGACAACAACAAUAAUAAAAAAUCUGAAAAACCAAUAACCAAACCAAGAGAUAACAAAAAGAAUGAAAAAAAUGAAAAGAAUGAAAAGAAAGAAAAAAAUGAAAAGAAAGAAAAAGAAGUUACCGCUAAACCAGUUGAAAAAGUUCAAGAUGAUAGUGAAGAAAUUAAAAUUGAAAAACCAAAUAAUGAUGCUAAAAAUCCAAUGUUUACUAAAGCCCAAGGUUUAUAUAACAAAAAAGUAGAAGAAUAUCUUCAAGAUUUCAAUAAAAAUGGUUCAAGAGAUGAUCAAUGGAAAGAAAAAAUUCAACACACUGGUACAAUUAGAGAUAGAAUUUCAGCUAUUACACUUUUAAUCCAAAAAGCACCAAUGUUCAGAUUAUCAAGUCUUGAUAUUCUUUUAAAUUUAGCUGCAAAGAAAUCUGAAAGAGAAAGAGAUUUUGCUAUUAAUUCAUUAAAAGAUUUAUUUGUAAAUUCAUUAUUACCAAAUACCAAAUUAAAACGUUUCAAUGAAAGAACCAAUAUUGAAAGUUCAAAACCAAUGGAAUUAGUACAAUGGUUUUUCGAAGAUUUAUUAAAAUCAAGAUAUCAAGCUUUUAUUAGAUUAUUAGAAGUUUUAGGUAGAGAUACAGUCUCAAGAAUUCGUAUGAUUGCCACUGCUACAAUUCAAUACCUUCUUUUAAAGAAACCAGAACAAGAAGAAGUUUUAUUAACACUUUUAGUUAAUAAAAUUGGUGAUGAUGAAGGUAGUAAUGCAAGCAAAGUUGUUAAGCUUUUAGAAAAGCUUAUUGAAUCACAUCCAUCAAUGAAAAUGGUUAUCAUUAGAGAAGUUGAAUUAUUUUUAUAUAGACCAAACAAUGCCUCAAAAGCUCAAUAUAAUGCUUUAUACUUUUUAAAUAAAAUUCAAGUUGCUUCAGAAAAAGAUAAUACAAGUGCUGCCGAAAUCAAAGAAAUCUCUCACCGUCUUAUUACUCUUUAUUUCACCUUUUUCUCAAAUAAAUCAAAUAUCAACAGCUCUGCAAUUUCAUUAUUAAUUUUUGGUAUUAGAAAAGCUUAUUCAUACACUAAAGAUACAACUGUUAUUGAUGACACCCAAAUUAAAACUUUAUUUAAAUCAUGUAGAAAAAAUACAAUUAAUAAAGUAAUUCAAACUUUAUCCCUUCUUUUUGAAAUUAAACAACACACACCAGAAAUCACCAAUCAAUUUUAUUUAAAUUUAUAUCAUACCUUAAAUAGAUUCGAAAAAUUAUCACAAUUUGAUCAAACAUCAUUUUUAAAUUUAGUUUUUAGAGCAAUCAAACAAGAUGAAAAUAUUGACAGAGCAAAAGCUAUUAUUAAAAGACUUUUACAAUUUUCAUUUAACCAAAUUGUUUCAUUCUCUGCCUCAACUUUAAUUUUAAUUUCAGAAAUUAUUAAAUUUAAUUCAGAAUUUGGUUCAUUAAUUUCAACUAAUCCACAAACCCCAAUUAAAGAGCCAAAAGAAGGUGAAGAAUCUUCAACCGAACCAAGUUAUGAUCCACUUCAUCACGAACCAUCAGAAGCUAAUGGUCAAUUAUCAUGUCUUUGGGAACUCAAUUUAUAUUCAAUUCACCAACAUCCAACUAUUAACCAAUUCGCCAGAGAUCUUUUACAAGAAAAACAAAUUAAAUUCCAAGGUAAUCCAACAACACUUUUCACAUUAUCUGCUUUCCUUGAGAAGUUUGCUUUAUCAAGACCAAAGAACAGAAAAGGUCCACAAUCAACUUUACAAGUUACUAAAUCUAAGAUUGGUGAAGAUUUCUUUACAGCCAAACCAGACGAACAGUUCUUAAACAUUUACGGUGAUAUUGCUUCAACUUCAGGUGUCAAAUCUAAAAAGAAAUCAUCAUCCUCAUCCGGUCAAUUCAUUGUCGAUGAUAAAGAAUUAGAUGAAGCUUUAGGUUACAAAACUGAAGAUAGAGAUUCUGAUGAAGAAAUGCUUUCAGAUUUAGAUGCCGAAUACAGCUAUAGUGAUUUAGAAGCCUCAGAUUUUGAAGAUGAAGAUUUUGAAAACGAAAUUCCAAAAGCAUCUAAAAAAUUAAAUAAGAAAAAACAAGAUGAAGAUGAAGAUCAAGAUAAUGAAGAAGAAGGAGAUUUUAAUGUUGACGAAGAGGAAUUUAAUAAUUUAGUUAAAGAUGGUUUAUUAGGUGAUGUUCCAAGUGAUUUAGAUGACUUAUUAGAGGAGGAUGAUGAUGAAGAAGGUGAAGAAGACGAAGAAGAUGACAUCGAAGAAGAUAAUGUUGAUUUAGAUGACGAUGAAGAGGGAGAUGACGAUAUUCAAAUUCCAGAUUUCGGUGAUGAAGAGGUCGAGGAUGAAGACGAAGGAGAUAAUACUAUUGUUCCAGAUUUUGGCGAAGAUGAUGAAGAAGAAAAUGACGAAGAGGAAACAGAAUUUAUUAAAUCAAUGAAAGGAAAUGAUUCAUUUAUGGAUGCUGAUGAAUUUGCCUCUAUGUUAGAAAAUUCAGGUGGUGUUAAAAAGAAUGGUAAAGAUUCAUUUAAAUCAAAAGGUAAAGGUAAACCAGCCCCAGCUAAAGUUAAGCCAGCCCCAGCCAAAGGUAAAUCAACUCCAAAUAAACCAAAUAAUAAGAAACCUUUAAAUAAUAACAAUAAUAAAAGAAAGAGAUUUUAA